UUUUUUCUUCUUCUUGCACAUUCGAAUAAAUCCUUGAAGACUUCGGAGUACAUAAAUAUCUCCUCUACUGUUGCUUUUGAAAGAGAACUUAAAAUUCUUUCUUAAUCCAAAUUAUCAAGCCGAGUUACACUAAAACCAUGCAUAACGACCCCCUCCCUUUUCCUCCAGCCAAAACAAGAAACAAAAAGAAAAAAGAAAGAGUGAAGUAAAACUCAAAAAUAAAAUCUAAUUGAACAAAAAUAAAAUUCUAUCUAUAAGGUUAUCUUUUUCUUAAGUAGGUUAUGAAGCAAGGUUACAACAACAUGUGAAUUUUCGACAUAUUGCGUUUUUAAGAUUCUUUUAUAUAGUUUGUCCUGAUCUUUUUGAUAUUUUGCAUUUCUUUUAGAGCUUACCACUUCCGAUUGAAACAAAUAAAUAUCUAAGGCACCUAGAAUAAUCAGGGUUUUAGAUUGUACAAAGUUUAGUCCGCCAGAAGGCUACAAAACACGUACCCCAAAAGUUAAAAAGAAAAAUUAAUUAAAUGGGGAUCUAAUUAAAAGGGAAAAGGGGCUAAAAAUAUCUGAGGACCAUUAUAUUCCACCGACUUGAAUCUCCAGCAUUGCAAAGAAAGUAGUAUAAACUGUACUUAUAUUUUAUUUUCAUAAUUAAGCUAUUGAUUGAACCGUGACUUCAGCUCCCUUUUGCCACUACUCUCUCUCUCUCUCUCGCAACAUAAAUUCCCACUUCUUCCGCCUCUUCCCCAUACUUUGAACCCUAUCUUUCUGAUUCACAAACUGUUUUGCUGCUCUUUUUACCUGUCCAUAUCCUCUAUUUUCUUGGAAAAUUUUGAUUCUUGUCUAAUCUCGUAUUCUUUUGUGUAAUUUUCCAAAUCUCCUUCCCUCAGCUCAAAAACCCUUUUCUCUCAAACCCCAACUGCUAAAACCAAUCCUAAAUCAAUACAUUUUGAAAGAAAACUCAAAGAAGUUAAGGCAUAUAUUAUUAGCCUUCCUUUGACCUCAACAGCCAUUUUGGCCAUACUUUCAAUUCUAUCUAACUUUAAUUAUUCAUUGACUCAAACUUGUAAUAUCUUUACUCACAUUUCUUGAAGAUUCAAGGCAAUGGACCAUUUUGGUUCCAUAAAGGAAGAGUUUACUUUCAUGUCCAAUAUGCCUCAACCAAUGGAGGGUCUUCAUGAGGGUGGCCCUCCACCAUUUCUCACAAAGACUUACGAACUUGUCGAUGAUCCGAGCACCAACGAUGUCGUUUCUUGGAGUAGAGGUAACAACAGUUUCAUAGUUUGGGAUCCUCAAACCUUGGCCAUGAAUCUUCUUCCAAGGUAUUUCAAGCAUAACAAUUUCUCCAGCUUUGUCAGACAGCUCAAUACUUAUGGAUUUAGGAAGGUUAAUCCAGACCAUUGGGAAUUUGCUAAUGAAGGUUUCUUGAGGGGGCAAAAGCAUCUAUUGAAGAAAAUUAGGAGGAGAAAGACAAGUAAUAAUAAUUUCUAUCCAGGUGGCAAUUGCAAUAUUAAGUCUUCAAACCAAGGUAUGGAGUACUCUUCAUGUGUUGAGUUGGGGAGGUUUGGAUUAGAUGGAGAAAUUGAUCGAUUGAGGCGCGACAAGCAGGUUCUAAUGAUGGAACUUGUUAAUCUUAAACAGCAUCAGCAAGCUACUAAAUCAUACCUUAAAUCAAUGGAAGAAAAACUUAAAGGGACAGAAAUGAAGCAGCAGCAAAUGAUGAGUUUCUUGGCCAAAGCAAUACAGAAUCCAAACUUUGUGCAGCAGAUAAUGCAGCAAAAGGAUAAAAGGAAAGAACUUGAGGAAGAAAUCAACAAGAAAAGAAGAAGGCCAAUUGAUCAAGGUCCUAGCAAUAUUAUUGAAAAUCUUAAUAUAAAGCAAGAACUUCAAGAUUAUGGUGAUGUUUAUGGAUUUGAUGAUUUAGAACUGGAGGAAGAUGACUAUGCUGAGAAAGCACAUACAGAAAGUGGAGAUAAAGCAACUAAUGCAGGAUUUUGGGAGGACUUGUUGAAUGAAAAUAUUGGUGAAGAUGAGAUGGCUUUACUUGGUAUUGAAGAAGAGGAUGAAGAUGUGGAUGUUUUGUCUGAAAUAAAUAGCCUUCUGCCUGAUUCCUGAAUUGUAUUAGCUCUUGGAAUUAUCUGGUUCAGUUACUUGGAUACAUCAUUCAUAACUGAUUUUUCAUUGUUUAGAGUAUGUUUACCUGAGACUCAAUGUUUUCAAGGAGUCUAGCUUUUGGACUUGUUAGAAAUUUGUACCUCUCAAUAUAUUAAAAAAUAGACAACUUUUAGUGCUUUUUGUUUUUA